GUACUUUAUAUAGGAAAAAUAAAAGUAUGGCAGAAAAAAGUUCCAGAUACAUUCGUAGACGAUGCGCUUGAAAAAUUCAAUACCCACGAAAUGGAAAAAAUUCGGGGGAAACAACUAGGUAGCAUAGGAAGGCUAAAAAGCGAAAGUGAUAUUCUAAGAAGAAGUUCGUCGGAUUCAUCUACCAGCGAAGAUUCAGUCUCAAAUACAAACGUCCACCCAUUACUUAGAUCACAAUCAGUUCACUCCAGUUUGCUUAGAAUUCAACAGAACCAAAUCAUAGAUACCUUAUCUUCGAUAUCGGAAAAGAAUAAGUCAAAUGAUCAUAACGCUUACAGUAAUGUCCAAAAUACAAGUGGUUAUCUUGACGGUUUGAAUAAGGAAAACACAAAAGCAGAAAAUAUUGUGUCCAAUCAAGAAAUUGAUAGAGUUAAUAAUAUUAAUUCUGAAUUGAGUAAUGAUAUUGCUCCUUCUCGUUCCAAGUCAGUAUUAAAUCUAGAUGAUCACAAUAGGACGAUGGUAUUGCAAGUUGAUAGGACCGAUUUGAGAUUAAUAAGUCCCGACAGGAAAAUUAUUCUACUACAUAAACAUCAUAAAGAUAUUGCUACUUGUGUUCAGGGACAAGUUAGAUCUGAUCAUUUUGGGUUUAUCUGUAAAGAAGGACAAAAUACAUUCACUUAUGUUGGCUACAUAUUUAAAUGUGAAUCUUCUUCAAUAGCCGGUGAUGCUAUGGCAGCUAUAACACAAGCAUUUUUAAACAAUGACGUGCGACCAAAACACACAAUAACAUCUUGUGACCAUUGUCCUAUGGUGUGGUAUCAUAAAUUAUGUGUUGAAAUCGAAAAUAUGUCCGAUAGAAAAACGCAAGCUGCUAUUUUUAGAAGGGUGGAACAAUUAGACGAAGAAGAACAAUCAAUAAUCCUAACAAAAUUUCGAGGUGCCGAAACUGAUUCCGUCCGAGAACAAAACGAAUUUCUAAUGAUGUUGCUAAGAGCCCACUGUGAAUCGAAACAAUUGCGACAUACUCACGAUACUGCUGAAAAUCGUUCCGAAUUCCUUAAUCAGUAUCUAGGUAGCAGUACUAUAUUUACAAAAGCUAAACGAAGUCUAUCGAAUUCGUUUGAUCAGUUGCUGAAAAGAAGGGUAUCUAAAGAUGAUUUAGGUGUUUCUUCAAAGGGUCUAAGUCUUCCUAUUAAUAAUAAUAUGAAGGAAACUUCAUCCAAUGCAAGUGAUCUUUCUGAUCGAGAAUCUGAAGGUUGUAGAUCACAAACAUCUACAAUAGGAUCACAGAGUGAUAUAACAGAUUCACAAAAUUAUACCGGAUCUCUAGAAAAAGGUAUACGAAUUGAAAAAGAAGCAAAAUCACCGAUGAUGGACAUUUUUCUAAAAGUUGGAAAUAGUCCAAAAUCAAACUUUUACGACGAUAGAUCGGCGAAUAAGCAAGAUGUUGGUUCUUGGAGACAAGCAAUAAUCAAAAGAGUAGCCACUGUAAAGCAGGAUCCCUCUCGGAGAUCUGAUAGGAAAAUGACAAAAGAAGAGCUACGAACGUUAUGGAAGAAAUCAAUAUAUCAAGCUAUUUUGUUAGUAAGAAUGGAAAAGGAAAAUGCAACAAUUAGAGCUAAACAAGAGGAAUCGGCAGUUAAACGAAUAAAACUUGAAUACGACGAAAUGCGCAUGGUUCAAAGAGAACUAGAAGUUUGGGAAAUCAUAACUAACAAAGAAGGCAGCCAAAUUAAGGUCGACUCUCAGAUGCUUCUACAAGCAAUUCGUCAAGGUGUUCCUAGAGCAAAGAGAGGUGACGUGUGGCAGUUUUUAGCAGAAAAAUAUGUAGCGAAUAUUGCUCCUCCUGAUACUUCAAAAUAUCCGAAUUAUCAUAUGUCUUAUGAGAAUUUGUUGAAGCAACUUACAUCUUAUCAACACGCUAUUCUUAUAGAUUUAGGCAGAACUUUUCCUAAUCAUUCAUACUUCAGUAGUCCUCUAGGACCCGGACAAUUAGCUCUUUUUAAUCUACUGAAAGCCUAUUCCCUUCUUGAUCCUGAUGUUGGAUACUGCCAGGGCUUAAGCUUUGUAGCUGGUAUUCUUUUAUUACAUAUGGAAGAGAGUAAAGCUUUUUUACUACUAAAACAUCUUAUGUUCCGCAGAGGAAUGCGCACUCAGUACCUUCCGGAUAUGGCGAGCUUACAAAUUAAGCUGUAUCAAUUAUCUAGAUUAUUACACGACCAGAUUCACGAUGUUUACGUUCAUUUUGACCUUCAUGAAGUUACACCAACUUUGUAUGCAGCUCCAUGGUUGCUGACGGUUUUUUCCUCACAGUUUCCAUUGGGAUUCGUCACAAGAGUAUUUGAUCUUAUAUUUCUGGAAGGACCUGAAGUCAUUUUCCGUGUAGCACUGGCUCUUUUAAUCUUCCACAAAGAAAAAUUACUUUUAUGUGAUAGUUUUGAAGAGAUCAUGAAUUACCUUAAAGAACAGCUUCCUAAUAUAGAUAAAAUUACUUUAGAUAAAAUUAUGAAAGAAGUAUAUGCUACUUCGUUUACCAAACAACUAAAUGAGUAUAAAGUAGAGUAUCAAGUUUUACAAGAGGAGCUAAAUUUAGUCCAACCACAGGUUGAAGCAUUUCAUAAAUUAGAAGCUCAUAGCAAGAUUUUAACUGAAAAAAAUAAAGCACUAAUGCAACAGCUGGAGUUAAGUCUAUCUAAUGUUCAAAGAUUGGAGAAAACUAGGGUUUUACAACAGUCACAAAUAAACAAAUUGGAAAUGCAGAACAGAGCUCUGGAUGUAACUAUAGGCUCUUUAGGAAAUUUUGUUCAAUCUUUAAUUGAACAAAAAUUAGACCUUGAAAUUCCUGAUGAUGUACAAAGAAUAUUAUCACAAUUAUCAUUUACAGAACGAAUAAAACAUGAAGUAAAACCUCAUCAAAACAAUCUUUUAAGAAUGUUCCAGAAAUCUCCAGAAAAAAUAAUGACUAAAUCACAAAGUAUGGGUAUAAUUAACUUACCAACACAUGUUAAUAGCAAGUCAGACCAAACCAGAUCAAGAACUAAUAGUCUAAGUAAAAGAAAUGAAGCUAUUCCCAAUCUGACAACCACCCCUAGUAAUUCAACUGAAAGAAUAUCAAAAUUCUUCUCAGGCUCUCAUCACCAUAUACUCCAACAGAAACUAAACGCUCAAAAUAACAUGUUAAGUAAUACUAAAAUAGAUAUAACAGUUCAAGAGUUCAAAAACGAAGGUGCUCGUGAAAAUAAUUCUGUAGAUUUUCUAUUUGCCAAUAAUAACAUCUCUCCUACAAACUCGGAAGACAGUGGUGUGGUAUCCCCAGCUAGUAACCCUAUAAGUCCUAAAUCCGCAGAAUCGCACCCCUUAAGCAACUGUGAUGUUUCUUUUAUGUUUAACGGUACUAGAGAACUAAAAACUAUAAAGAACAUAAAUAAUCUUAGACAAAUUAGCCCUAAUGUUAUAAACAAAUGA